CAAACGUGAGAGACUGGCUCGAGUACACAAGCAGAUAAGUUUUGAGCACUAUCAUUCAGUUAAUCGUAAUUUUCGAUUAAUUUGGCGAAAAAUUCGAUCGGUUUACCAAUGAUCGACAUAUCUGAGGAUGUCGAUUUAGCCUAUGCCCUAAGCUUACAAGCAGAGCUCGAUCAGGAACAGGAGAACGAAGCUUCAAGGCAUAAUUCAUUGGUUUCGUCCAGUUCCCGUAAGAACGCCAUUCCUAGACCAGUGUCAGUUGUAGAUGAAUCUUGGGAACUUAUUGAUCCUAUACCGGACAUACGGCAGUUAUUUCUACAAUUUAAUGAUGCUUACUUUAAAGGAAUUUUGGGAUCUGUAGAAGUAAAAUGGAGUCCACGAAUGACUUUGUAAGUAGGAGUUAUUCCAUCAGUGUAUAUUGUCAAAUCAUCUUGCUGAUUGUUUUGGCGGUACAUUUAACUCUGUGACUCCCUUGAGUGACCAAGAGAGAAUUUCUCCUUACAAUACCAAUACAAUAUCAAGAAGUCUAAUGACGAGAAUAAAGAAAAAUAUCAAUGAGGGGAUUAUCAGUAGAUUCAAUCUAAAAUUCUCCAAACUAACAUCACUAGAAUUGUAUUGCAGACAAAAGGGAGAAUUACUUAUGAGAUUUUGUGGAGUGAAAUGGUCAAGCUACAGCAUAAGUAAAUUUAUGUUAUAUUCAUUGAUGGCUUUAUUUAUUCUGGGUGCAUUAAAUAAGAUUAAGACUUUUAAAUUGACAAAGUAUGAAACACUUAAUUGCUACUUGCAUGACAGAUGUGCUGGAUUAUGCUGCUAUGAAGGCCGAGGAGGACUGUGUUCUAUUAGGCUCAGUGCACCUUUACUCAAGCUGCGUCCAAGAAAAGACUUGGUUCAAACCUUACUGGUAAAUUAUUAUUGCAUUUUAUAGUUUGAUAUUACAGGCAGCAUUCUAAAGACACUAUCGAUGUAUUUACUUGCUUCACUUUAUGUCAACUGGAUGGAGGAUUGUUUUUACAUUUCUAAGACUUCAGCAUUCAAUACAGUAUACAUAAAUGUAAAAUUAUUCCUGUGCUAGUAAACAUUUUGUGUAGCUUUUUUGUCAGGUUAAGGUUUCCCUCUGAAUUUCUCCAAUUUAAAACAUUUUUUUUUUUUUUUUCUAGCAUGAGAUGAUCCAUGCUUUGUUGUUUGUGACACAGAACAACAAGGUUAGUAGCCUUUGGUAAUAAAUUAUGCUUAAAAAACACCUCUUUUGCUCUUGGACGAACAGCCUUGUGUUUAUUGGUUAUUAUGGGUCAAAGUAAAAUUUAGUUACUUGUCUCAUUAAAGGGAAUUCUUGAUAAAUCACCUGAUGAUCAGAAACAGUGUCAAAGUGGAAAGAUUGCAAUUCACAGUUGAUGGUGACCCUACACAAUUUGAUGAACAAUUUACAUUUCAUUUAUCAAUAUAGCCAUUAUGAAAAAAUGUAUAGAGAGCAUAUAAUCCUGAUUUGUUAUCUUAGACAAAUUAAUCAGAAUGUACUGUACCUUUCUGGGUACUCCACACUACUUGCAUGUUUUAAUCUGCAUGUUUGCUUUUGGCCAUAUCACACCCUCAAUGAAUUCUUCUAUAUUAAAGCAGAUUUUGGGUCAUUUUUUUAGGUAUUUGUUCAGUUGAUUCAACUUUUUAAGAACCUCCUCAAUUCUAUUGGAGAUAGAGAGUGCUGGUUAGUUUUGUUAUGUUAUGUCUCACAGAAGGAAAAAAAAAAUAGCUAAAGUCACUUUUAUUGUCACUGCCCUCAGGACCAUGAUGGUCAUGGACCAGAGUUCCUUAAACAUAUGCAAAGGAUAAAUGCUGAAAGUGGAGCAAACAUUACUGUAAGUAUUUUUUUCAAUGAUCCCCAUCUUGCAGAGGUGGGAAUGUUUCACCAAUAUAUUACCAAUAUAUCACUUUGCCUGGACCUGGGUGGAAUGAAUUAGGAUCUUAUCUUAAUUAUGUAUUUCUAGUUUUCAAAAGAGAGUUGUCUCAGAGACAUACACAACACCAGCCUGCAGAGCAGGUGUAAUUUUGGUGAGCAAAUGCCCAGUAUAUUCUUAACAAAAAUUGUGGCCAUCAUCUUUGAUUUUAAUGGCAUAAGGCAGGGGAGAGAAAAGUUUGUACUAAGGGGGGGAGGGGGCAGUCAACAGUUAAAAAUAAGGAGAGGGGUGGGGGUUGGGGAGUGAAGAGUACUCACCUCUUCUCACUCUUCCCCCACCCCCUACCCCCACCAUCCACUCUAACUCCAAAUCAAACAUGGCCGUUCAGAUAAACGAAUCAUGAGCUUAUAAUGUUAGCUCACCAUAAUAAGACACCUGCACUGCAGGCUAACACAACACCCACAGAUCUUGCACAAGUGAGUGUUACUGAGUACAGAAAAGUGUACAAAAGGAUCAAUAUCCUCCAAUCACAAGUCAGAAAAGGAUCCUUUUGAACAACUUGAACUAUGCAUGUGUUUUCAAGAGGUUUACAACCUAACUCAUGGCAAUGAGAUACUCAUUUUCAAUGAUGAAUGUAAACUUCAUUGUUUGCUUGUGUCUGAAAAUUGAAGUGAUAAUUAAUUGUCAAUCAAACAAUCAGCCACUCAACCCCCUUUUUUUGCCCUUUUUUGUUGUAGGUGUAUCAUAAUUUUCAUGAUGAGGUAAGUAUUCAGAAAAAUCAUGAAUAGAUGUUCUGUAAUGAGCUCAUUGAGCUGUUUUGAUUUAUAAUUUGUAAUCUUAGGACUAAGUGGAGUCCAAUUCAGUUGGGAAACACCUGAAUCAGCACUGGGUGACUGUGAGCUCAAAGAUUUUUAAAUCAUAAGAAUGAUAACAGGCAGAAUUAUCUUGUUCUACUACACUGUCUAGUUGCUAGAAUGACAUGAGCACUGUCUGAGAAGUGCUCAAAUCAGGCUACUGAUAACAAAUAAAUUUAAGAAACAUGAUAAGUUUUGAUCUAGUACUGUAGUAUGUUAAACCUGGGUGCAAACCAUCAACAGGAAUUAGAGAAUGACAAAUCAGGAAUGGUACAAGAAGGAUGAAAAAAACCACAGUGAUUAACCCUAAAGGUUACUAUUGCUAUGUAAAUGAUUUAAAGAGAACUGCAGUAUGAAAUAAUGGUCUCCUAUUUUAUUAGGUAAAUGUAUACCGUCAACACUGGUGGCAGUGUGAUGGCCCUUGCCGCAGGAGACCACCUUAUUAUGGGAUUGUAAGGAGAGCGAUGAAUCGAGCACCGUCACCCAGAGACACUUGGUGGGCAGACCAUCAGCGAACGUGUGGUGGGACAUACACCAAGAUUAAAGAGCCAGAUAAUUAUGGUGUAAAAAAAUCUGGCAAGGCAAAACAAGGAAAAGGUGAAAAAGAAACAGGAGUUGCCAAGAACAAGGGGCAUGUGCUUGGUGGAGGAAAUUCUGGAACACUGCCAAGAUUUUUUAAACGCAAAACAAGAGACAGUGAUGAUAGCAGUUGUAAUUCUGAAUAUGACCAAGAAAUGGUGAAACGGAAAAAGAAAAGCCUUGUAGAUGAUGGUGCUGUUGUUUUAUCAGAUCACAAUGAAGACACAAAAUCAAAGCCUGGUUCUUCACGGUGGACUACAGAUGUGAUACCAUUUUCUGGGCCUGGCAGAACGUUAGGCUCAAGCUCUGACCAACAUGACUCAAAAACAUUUACCAAGGAAUCUAAGAAGUCUGCUUUUAUUGAGAUAAAAACACCAUCACCAAAUAAAACUAAAACCAGCUCUUCACCAACUCUCACAAUUGUAGAUGCUUUUCAAAGAGCUAAAGAUAAACACAAAAAGUGCAACAGCAGAGGUUAUGACUUGACUAGUCCAGUAUUGGGAUCCCAACAGAAGCCAAUUGAAUUAAUAGCAGAUUCCCCCGGCUCAUCGACAAGGGAAGUUAAACAUUUACACAGUGAUCAUUUCAACUCAACUGAUACAGUGCUGUGUCCUGUGUGCCAAACAUUAAUUUUAAAUUGCAAGAUCAAUCAGCAUCUUGAUUCGUGCUUACAGUGAUAUGUUGAAAAAGCCGAUUUUCAACGUAUGUAUGCUGCUGUAUUUCACGUAAAUUUUUAAGCGGAGAAUGUUAUGGAUUAGUUGAUCGAUCCAAAGUAUUCAAUCCAGGCUUUUGACCAAUGAGAUGCAAAGCGAAAGCCAAACGCGCCUUGGUCAUCUGCAUUUUCCCGCGCCUCUGGCAGUUUGCCUUGUUUUCCUUUGAGUUUCGAACAAUUUCAUUUCUUAUUCCUUGGCUUUAUAUUAUGAGAUGGAACUGAAAAUACUCUAAUACGCGUUAUAAAUAAAAGAGACACAAUAUACUCAAUAAAAGUGCUUUUAAUAAACUUUGCUA